AUGGAAAAGAAGUGGGGGAACAAAAACAGUGUAGAUUUGAAGAAGAUGUGCCCUCAGCAAAAGGCUCGAUACCUAGCCUAUGCUGAGCCCUCCAAAGAGGUACAAGCCUGGAUGGCAGCUUCCCACCAACGUGUUGUCUCUAGACUUGCUCAUCUAAAAGAGAAAGCACAAGGAAAAAAUUCUGUUCAAGAUCUGGAUUCAAAACUGCACCAUGACACACUUAUUGGCCAAUUAAAAGCUGCUGAAGCAAGGAAUAGGAUUCGACAGAUGAGGCAGCAGUGUCAUAACUUGAAGAUGCGGGAAUUUAACCUGAUGAUUUCGAGCCAGGCCAACGUGCAGAGUGCUGUGCGCUUAGAGCUGCUCCUGGCAAAGGAGAAACAGAGGAAUAAUGCAGACAGCCUGGACCAGCUACAGAGACGGAGAGUUGAGGAAAUUCUGGAGGAUGAGAAAGGCCUAACCAUAAUCAGAAGAUAA